GUCGUAAGCAACUGUUGAGAAUGGCCGCUUCCUUGAACGCUUCUCUGAGCAAGGCAUCGGCCCUGACCCCCCUCUCUUCCUCCAAUCUGCUCUGCAAAGCCUCCUCGGUUCCUGUGGUUGCCGCACCACUGUUGCGCUCAAAGAUGCUCGGUCGGUUGGGCGCCCAGUUGGGGAGAAGUCUGCAGCUCUCAAGCCUCAAAACCGAGGUCUUAGGGACUGCAAAUGGAGCCCGGACUUUGGCAUCAUUCGCGGGGAAAUUCCGGCAGAACGUAGGAUAUGCCCAGCCCCCCCAACAGGAAGAAGCGAGCCCUCCCAGUCAGAGCGGCAAAGGGGGCCUUCGUGAGGUUCCGUUCAGCAAGGACAUCACGAACCACAUCCGCGUGAUGGGCCGCCUUGGCUUCGAUCCCGAGCUGAAGCGCCUCGAGACGGGGCGCACCGUGACCAAGAUGCGCAUCGCGCUCAGCAAGCCCAAGAGCGUGAACUCGGACAGCCCAGAUGAGGCCGAAUGGAUUGAUGUCGAGAGCUGGGAUAGCCCGGGCAACGAGCUUGCCACGCUGGCGGCAACGGAGCUGCGGAAGGGAACUAGAGUGGCGGUCCAGGGGCGGCUCAAAAUCGACAAGUGGCAGGACCGGACGAGCGGCGAGACGAAAACCAAGCCCAAGAUCGUGGCUGACGACUUGGCCCUAGUCGCGGAACCUAUGGGCAUGGAAAACUCUCAAGCGGCGCCUAGUUACGCCUCCCAAGGAGGGGGUUUCGGUUCGGGGGGGUCCAGUUACGCCUCCACCUCAACCGCCGGCCCUGCUACAAGCGCCCCCUUAGGGCAACGCACCAAGGAGGAGAUGUGGGAGAGUUACUUCGCUGACCCGUCGCAGUGGUGGGAUAACCGGCAGGGCAAGACCAAUCCGCGCGCCCCCGACUUCAAGCACAAGGAAACCAAGGAGGCCCUGUGGAUCGACGACCGGCGCACGCCCCCGUACGUCCUGACCCGCCUGGCGGAGGAAACCCCGUCAGCGGGGCCUCAAAUGGAUUGGACGCUCGAGGAAAUGUGGGAGAACCUGUACGAAGACCCUGGGUCCUGGUGGGACAACCGGAGAAACAAGAAAUACCCGGACGCCCCCGACUUCACGCACCGGGAGACGAAACAAGGCCUCAAGAUCAGCGACCCGAACGCGCCCGACUACCUGGUGUCAAGAGAAGCGCUGGAAGACUUAGACGGCAGGUUUGCGUACGUCGCCGAAAUGGAGCGGCAAGAGUACAUGGAUCUGUGGGAGGACGUUUUCAAGAACCCGCACAAUUGGUACGACAACCGGGUCGGCAAGAGAAAUGAGAAGGCGCCCGACUUCGUGAACAAGGAGAACCGCGAGAUCGUCCUGUGGCUGACUGACAAGCGCAACACACCCGAGAUAUUAGAAAGAGUUUCCGGGGCCUUGAAAGACGUGUCUGGGGCGGGAGGGACUCGGCCGCCGGCGCAGCAAGCAUAUGGCUCAUAGUGUGUCCGGGAAUCGCAUAAAGCUUGUCGGAAGAGUGGUUUAGCUAGGUACUUGUUAUGCUAUUGAGAUGUAUUUACGUAGGUAAGGGGCCUUUCCUGGCAAAAAUGCACGGAAACAGUGGUCAUGAAUCAAGGAACUUGGAAGCGAAAAUCGGUGCUUGGAAUUAUCAAGGCAACAUGGAUGCAACCCUUAACUCCACUGAUGGACCUUCGAUGCCCUAGCGAGCUCUCUGCUCUUUGAGGAAAU